GGCUCAGAGCAGAAGACAGUGAGCCCAAAGCUUGAUCACACAUUCUUCAAUUUUAGAUCAUAUUCUGCAGCAUGAAAGUUGUCUCUGUGGCUGUGGUUUGGGCUCUCUCCAUUUAUCUUGCAGGGGGGGCGCAGAUCAUCGGGGGGCGUGAGGCGACCCCCCACAGUCGCCCCUACAUGGCCUACCUGUCCAUGGUGAGGGGCACGAAGUGUGUCAGCUGCGGGGGGUUCCUUGUCCGCAACGACUUCAUCAUGACCGCAGCCCACUGCAGUUCAGACAACAUAACUGCAAUUCUGGGGGCUCACAAUAUGGUUCAGGAUGAGAACUCUCAGCAGAUCAUCCCCGUGGCCAAAUCCUUUCCCUUCCCCGACUUCUGCCCCCGGGAGCUGGACAAUGACAUCAUGCUUCUGAAGCUGAGGUGGAACGCCACCCUGAACAGCGCGGUGGGGGUCCUGCCCCUCCCCAAGAAAGUCCGGGACGUCCGGGUGGGCAGGUCCUGCUCUGUGGCAGGCUGGGGAGCGAUGGACACCGAGGGGGAGAAGCCGUCCCCUACCCUGCAGGAGGUCAACGUCACCGUGGUGAGGAGACUCUGCGCCCAGACCUGGGGGCGACAGUUCAACGAGUACAAGGUCUGCGCCGCUGGACCCCUGAAAGGCGGCUGCUCGGUACGCCCACACCAGACACCCCGUCGGUCAGCUCCUGCCCUGUCUGAGCUCUUCGUCAGGCUCUGCGUGUACGUGAGACUCAGACCGGCUGAGACUCAGCCACAAUCUGCUAUUACUGUUUCUCAGCUCUGCCCUUCACAGAUCAAACACGAGGACUGGCAGCAACGAGAGAGAACGCCAGUAUCCUCGCUGUGCGCUCUCACAGGUUCGAAGCAGGUCUAUUUCAGGAGCAGUGCUGUUUUACACAGGGGAUCUUGACACCAGGUGUGCUGGUCGCUUGUGUGUAUUUCAGGGGGAUUCUGGAGCCCCGCUGGUGUGCAGGGGCGUGGCGAUUGGCAUCCUGUCUUUCGGGGGAAAGCCCUGCGGAUAUUUCCCCAGCGU